CAAAACCACCCAAACAACAUAAAAGGAAAUGCUAUCUUUAGAAAAAUUGCUCGAAAGAAACCAUCCACAACUAUGCCUUUAAAACCUCAUACAAUCUUCAAUAUAUUUCUCCAAAAAUCCAAUUAA